AUAUGAUGUUUUUCAGUUACAAAUAUUACAUAGAAGGUGAAUUCCAUCGAACCGGUUACCAUUCUCAUACGUCUUUGCAAGCGAGGCUGUUGGACGAAUAGUGAUUCUGCAUAAAAUAUAAUUUUGUUACAAAAUAAAAGAGACAAAACCUUAAUAAUGCCGGUCCCAGCACUUCAAAAACGUGCACCUGAUUUUCGAGGUACUGCAGUUGUGAAUGGAGAAUUUAAAGAUAUUUCUCUUUCUGAUUAUCAUGGAAAAUAUCUUGUUCUAUUUUUCUAUCCAUUAGACUUUACAUUUGUUUGCCCCACUGAAAUCAUUGCCUUUUCUGAUCGUGCUGAUGAAUUUGAACAAAUUGGUUGUAAACUGAUUGCAGCAUCUACUGAUUCCCACUUUAGUCAUUUAGCAUGGGUAAAUACACCACGUAAGCAAGGUGGUCUUGGUGAAAUGAACAUUCCUCUUCUUGCUGAUAAAAGUUCCAAGAUCGCACGUGAUUAUGGCGUGCUUGAUGAAGAAAGUGGAAUUCCAUUUCGUGGUCUCUUCAUCAUAGAUGAUAAACAAAAUUUACGCCAAAUUACUAUCAAUGAUUUACCAGUUGGCAGGUCUGUUGAUGAGACUUUGCGUUUAGUUCAAGCAUUCCAAUAUACUGAUAAACAUGGAGAAGUAUGUCCAGCUGGCUGGAAACCAGGAAAGAAAACUAUGAAACCUGAUGUAGUUGGUUCUAAAGAAUAUUUUAAAGAUACAUAAAUGAAAGAAAGAAAAAAAGAAAGAAAUUUCUAUACUUUAUUAAAACUGUCAUUUAUGUAAAAUAUUACAUUUUUUAAAAUCAAAAAUUUGUUUUGUAAUAAACAUGGUAUAUAAUUUAAAAUCGUAAUAUUAAUUAUAUUUUCAACAUCAACUAUUUUCAUUUCUUAUAAUAAAUAAAUAUCUUUCAUA